UCAUUGAGCUCCUGUUCCCAUUGCGCCAGGAUCCGAUGCAUUUGCUGUGAAACGAGAAUGUGGUAAUGUGAGGACAAGUCAGCCCAUCACACCCCUGUUCUGUUCUUUCUUUGACCGUCGUCAUCCCCAACAACGCCCAAUAGGAAACGGAGGAAUCCCCACGAGUUUUGGGAACCAGGCGCAAAACAACAAAGUUGGAAAAAUUGAUGGCAGAAAGUGCAUGGCUACACACAGUGUUGGAGUGAGAGCGUAAAGUUUAGCAUACUAACUUCUUCUUUCUGUCAUCGCAAGCAUGGAUGCCCUCAAGUCUGCUGGCAGGGCUAUCAUCCGUAGUCCAAGUGUGGCUAAACAAUCUUGGAAUUCAGGAAAACAUAAAAAGCUUCCGGAGAACUGGACGGACACCAGGGAGACCAUUCUGGAGGGCAUGACCUUUAACCUGAGGCACCUGGGCAUGACCCUGGUGGACCAGCCCAAAGGGGAGGAGCUCUCUGCGGCAGCUGUCAAACGCAUUGUCGCCACGGCCAAAGCAAGUGGGAAGAAACUGAAAAAAGUUGCCUUAAAAGUUUCACCUCAGGGAAUAAUCCUCUGUGACUACGAGACCAAACAACUGAUAGAGAAUGUCUCUAUAUACAGAAUAUCCUAUUGCACUGCGGACAAGAUGCACGACAAAGUGUUUGCCUACAUCGCCCAAAACCAACAGAACCAUACUCUGGAGUGCCAUGCAUUCCUUUGUGCCAAACGAAAAGUGGCUCAAGCAGUGACUCUGACUGUGGCCCAAGCCUUCAAAGUGGCCUUUGAGUUUUGGCAGGUGGCCAAAGAAGAGAAAGAGCAUCGGGUAAAGUCGAACUCUGUAGUGGAGGUCACAGACAACGCUUCGAGAGACACGUCUACCAAUGUGCCUACCUUAAAUAGCCCAGUGGUUGUAGCCACAGGAAAUCUGUUGGACUUUGAUGAGGAGUCCCGCACCACGGUGGAGGAUGUUGACAAUCGGAAGAACCUGGUGGCGAACCUCAACAGGCCUGAUAACAACAACACCAUCUGGGAAAUUGAUGAUGGACUGGAUGAGGCCUUCUCAAGACUGGCAGAGGCUCGCACGAACCCCCAGGUCUUGGACAUUGGGGUGACCCCCCUGGACUGGAAUACCGAGCCCGACUGGGACAAGGCCAACGGGAACCCCCCCAGCUCAGGGGACCCCUUUGGAUUCUGAGGGAACUGCUUCUUGGGACAUCCCCAGUGGGGUGGGGUGAGGUCACGUCCGGGAAACGCCUUUCUACAAGAAUGACCUCAGAUCGGAAGAAGUUAAAUAUCAGCCAACCAAUGCACAGCCUUUCCUCAUCUGUAGCAAUGUUAUCUAGGUGUUACUUCAAAAGCUGGAUAACUUCCACAUUCAUGCAUUGCUUUGAUUUAUUGAUUUGUAUCCAUUGAUUUAUCUGUUGUCUGUUUUGAAUACAAUGUAAGGCUUGUAUUUACCUGCAUCAGUAUUAUUUUCAUUUACAAAUAUUUAUCAGUUAAUCUAUACUCUGUACUGUAUCAAAGAGAUGUCAUAAAGACUAAUAGAAAAGUGCUUUAACAAGUGUAUAGGACAAUCGCUGAUUUAAGUCGAUAUACGAUAUAAAAUCUGAUGUGUUAUAAAUGAUAUAUAUUUUUGUGAUUAUUUUGUAAUGAUAUCAAAGCUUCUUAUAAAACACAUUUAUUUUCAGAAAUUAAGAGAACAAGCUGCUACCUCACAGAGGGACGUCUGUAGCAGUAAAAUGUUAUAUUUGUGUAUCAUAUUGACAAUUUAAUAAAAAGUAAAAGUAA